UUGCCAUUCAUUCCUCAAGGAGAUACCUUAACGUUUCAUCUUUUUGACUAAUUGCAGAAAAAACAUAAUAUGAACUUGAAACUACUUUCUGGAAUAGAAUUCACUGUCAUUGGUUUGAUUUGUCUUGUAUCCUGUGUUAAUGGUUUAAUAUGCUUAUCCUGUAAUAGCGCUAUUAAUAUCACUGACUGUUUAGGCCAGAAAAUUUCAUGUGAUACGGAUGAGAAAUGUUUCUUAGAUAAGAUAAUACUAGCUGAUCUAAGCACGGUAUUUUCAGGUGGAUGUAGAUCAAAACAAGUAUGUAAUCUGAUAUCCAGUGCUGUUGGGAAGAGAGAUACUGUGGCAUGUUCCAUGUGCUGUAAUAGUCCACCAAAUAGUACACACAUUCCGUGUAAUGGGUACUUGUGUAAUCAAGCACCUCAACAUGCUCAAGUUGGGGGAUCUUCUUGUGGCGUUUGUGACAGGGUUAGCGAUCCGAAAGAUUGUGCGAUUGAGCAGCAAUGUCAACCUAAUGAGACCAAACCUGCCACGACUCUACUAUUUGUGGAUGAAGAUUCAAAUACCAGAUGUCAUUAUUUGAAAUAG